CCUGAACUCUAGGGAUGCUUCUUGGGUUCUCUUUGCAGCAAUGGCCUGGACAUGUGCUCCGACGAGAAUAGAUCGGAUAGAUGCAAGAGGUUCGUCAACGUGAAUCGACAAGGGGGCUUCGGGCUUCGAAGUCUUCUGGCUUCUGCAACGGUGGAGAAUCAAGCGAUGGACAAGCAGCAAGUGGCUCGUGCCCAGAAGAAGUUGGAUACUAACUUUGCAGGCAAGGGUCUUCGAGCUGCCUUGAUUUAUGAAGUCUUCAACGAAAAUGCCACAGGAAGCAGACCGUCCACGGUUGUGCCACAAAUACCAAAUGAACAGCGUGAGAAGGCAAAGACUGGUUGGACUUCAUGUUGAGGAGCACUGUACAACUCUGCGCAGUCCCUUGAAUGUCAAUGCAAAGUAGGUUCGGCUUUUGCUGUGUGGGAAGUUAUGAUGAUAUUUUAUGAUAUUUUAAGCUUUGGAUGGCUGCCAUCAUUGAUGUUCACCGCGAGGGUGUCUCUGCGACGGCUUGUGCAAACUUUCACGUGCGUGCGAAACAAGGAAGCAAGCAUUCUAUACGAUUUAACCCGACCUCACCCGACCUCACUUGGAAAUAACGACCUAAGUUUGAAAAUAAGACCCAUACUUUAUUGUAAAAAAAGAACAAACCCCCAGGAGUCUGGUGACCCAUCCGGGUGAAAAGCUUUCGAAAGGGUCAUGGGUUCAGCCGAAGAUUGACUAAAAACACUUGAAGAAUAACAACGUGUUGGAACUAGGGUUGAUUUUGGCCACCCAAAAAUGCCAGUUCCACAGUGUGAGUGGUUGAGACUGGCGCAAGCGCUCCACAGCAGCAGCAACAGCAGCAGCACCACCAGCUGCUGACCAGG